AUGUCGAGCAUCCAAGACAGGGAGGGCUCGAGGCGUCAAGGCUCGGGCGAUGACAAGGAAAAGAAGAAUGAUGGCCAAGGGAACGAAAACAACAAGGCAAACAACGAAGGCGAUGCCGAAAUGCAGGAUGCCCAGCCUGAAGAGGACGAGAUUCUGGACGAGGAGAUACUAAGCCUCAGCACACAAGAUCUACAGACCCGCAAACGCCUGCUCGAGAACGACGCUCGUAUUAUGAAGAGUGAAUACCAGCGAUUAUCACACGAGAAAGCCACCAUGGCCGAAAAGAUCAAGGAAAACGUAGAAAAGAUCGCCAACAACCGGCAAUUACCAUAUCUCGUCGGAAAUGUUGUUGAACUGCUAGACCUCGAUCCUACGGCCGAAUCUUCCGAGGAAGGCGCCAAUAUCGACUUGGAUGCCACGCGAGUCGGUAAAUCCGCUGUCAUUAAGACUUCGACGAGGCAAACCAUUUUCUUACCACUAAUCGGCCUUGUGGACCCCGAGGCUCUGAAGCCAGGUGAUCUUAUCGGCGUCAACAAAGAUUCUUAUCUCAUUCUAGACACACUACCUGCUGAGUAUGAUAGCCGCGUAAAGGCCAUGGAGGUGGACGAGAAGCCCACGGAAAAGUAUAGUGAUGUCGGUGGUUUAGACAAGCAGAUUGAAGAGCUGGUUGAGGCCAUUGUAUGGCCGAUGAAGGAGGCCGAGCGUUUCAAGAAGAUCGGCAUCAAGGCACCUAAAGGUGCUCUAAUGUACGGUCCGCCAGGUACUGGAAAGACGCUGCUAGCGCGAGCCUGUGCCGCUCAGACUGACGCGACUUUCCUCAAGCUUGCCGGUCCUCAGUUGGUUCAGAUGUUUAUUGGAGAUGGUGCUAAACUCGUAAGGGACUGCUUCGCACUUGCCAAGGAGAAGGCCCCUGCCAUCAUUUUCAUCGAUGAACUUGAUGCCGUUGGUACUAAGCGAUUCGAUAGCGAGAAGAGCGGUGACAGAGAAGUCCAACGAACUAUGCUUGAAUUGCUAAACCAACUGGAUGGCUUUGCUUCAGAUGAUCGUAUCAAAGUUCUUGCCGCUACAAAUCGUGUGGAUGUCCUUGACCCCGCCCUGCUGCGAUCUGGUCGUCUAGAUCGAAAAAUCGAGUUCCCCUUACCAAAUGAGGAAGCUCGAGCUCAAAUCUUGAAGAUUCAUUCGCGUAAAAUGACGGUGGAUAGCAGUGUGAACUGGGGAGAACUGGCGCGUAGCACAGACGAAUUUGGUGGUGCCAUGUUGAAGGCGGUCUGUGUUGAGGCGGGUAUGAUUGCGCUGAGGAUGGGCAAGAAUAAGAUUAGUCACGAACACUACGUGGAUGCCAUUGCGGAAGUGCAGGCCAAGAAGAAGGAGACGGUCAAUUUCUAUGCUUAA